UGAGAAUCAUAAACCAUCUAUCCAAUGAUUAAUAUGAAUGGACAGUUUUUGUUUAAAUUAGGUGUAAUUUUUUUCGGUUUUUACAUUUUUUUCGAGUUCUUUAUAAGACAUUUUUCUCGUGAUUUAAUUUUCUGUAAACGUUCUGGUAUUUUAUGGGCUGAUUUUCGAACGUUAAUAUUUGUGGAUGCGAUCGUUUUGGAAUAAAAACAGACCACUCCUGAUAUACAAGGAACUGAUCAGACUGAAAUGUAUGAAGCCAUUAAAAGUGCAAUUAAUAUAGGAUAUCGUCAUUUUGAUUGUGCUGCUUACUACAAUAAUGAAAAGUUUGUAGGUAUGGCUAUAAAUGAAAAAAUCAAGGAAGGAGUUAUAAAAAGAGAAGAAAUAUUCAUCACAGAUAAGCUUUGGAACAACAAACAUAACCCUGAAGAAGUGGUAGAUACAUUGAAGGAUAGUUUAAAACUUUUAUGUUUGGAUUAUAUAGAUUUGUACCUUAUCCAUUGGCCAAUGUCGACUACUGAAACUCCAGUUGCUAGGGAUAGCCAAAAUCGGUUUAUUGAGAGUAUUUAUUCUUAUUUAGACACAUGGAAAGCUAUGGAACGAUGUGUUCAGUUAGGGCUUACCAAAUCAAUAGGAAUUUCAAAUUUCAAUAUGAAACAAGUCAAAGAUAUUUUAGGAAUUGCGACUAUUAUACCAGUGGUAAAUCAGGUAGAAAAUCAUCCAUAUCUCACUCAAAAUAAACUUAAAGAAUUCUGUGAAACCAAUGGCAUAUUAUUGACAGCUUAUGGACCUUUGGGAUCACCUUAUAGACCAUAUAAACGGACAAAAUCAACAAAAGGUAUCCUAUUAGAUGAUCCUAUGGUAAAAAAAUUAGCUGCUAAAUACAAGAAAACCAAUGCUCAAAUAUUAAUAAGAUUUCAGAUUCAAAGAGGUGUUUUAGUUAUACCAAAAUCAUCUCAUCCAGUAAGACAAAAAGAAAAUUUUAAUGUUUGGGAUUUUGAAAUCAGCACGGAAGAUAUGGAUUCACUUGAAUCAUUGAAUCAAAAUCUACGUUAUGUUAAAAUUGAGCCAGCACAGCACAUGAAAGACUAUCCGUUCAAUGAGGAAUUAUGAAGACUAUGAAAUUAAUAAAUUUCUUUUUUUUCCAUUAAUCCUCAGUAUAAAUUGUUUAAUAUUUUUAAAUAUGAAAAUAAAUAUUCUUUGAUUGUGGUGAAAAAAUGUAAUAAUUUAUAUUUUUAAUGUUUAACAAUUUUCAUGGAUAUUCAACCGAAGAUACUGAUGAAAUAUACUUUAAGUCGUAUUUGAUUAACCAAAUUAAAGGUUUUAUUAAUUCA